AUGCUGGCCGCCAACUUGCUGUGCUCCGGCGUGCUGGCGCCCCUCGACGUCACCAGGCUGGUGCUGGCGCCGUUCCCUCCGCCGGCCAUGCAGGCGGCCAUGCAGGCGGUCCCCGUGGACUCGGGGGAGCUCCUGUGGCCGGGGGCUGCCGUGGCCGCCGCGGCCGCCGCCGCCACCGACGCGCAGGUGACGGACGCCGGCGUGGCGGCGGCCCUGGUGGCCGACGACGGCGUGCACCACGGCGUGUACGGCGGCGUGUGGGCGCGGCCCUGGGACGUGUGGCUGCGCGACGUGACGCGCUUCACGCAGGCCCUGGCCGUGCAGGUGUCCGUCUUCUCCGUGCUGCUGGUGGCUCUGGACCGCCACAAGGCCGUGCUGUCCCCGCUGCACUACCACCGCAUGGCCACCCGCCAGCGCUCCACCAUCCUCAUCGUCUCCAACUGGCUGCUCAUCCCCAUCAUGACCGCCCUCUUCGAGGUCCGCCUCAUCCCCUACUCGCAGUGGAUCCACUUCGCCUUCGGUUUCGCCGUGCCGCUGUACAUCAUCGUGUACAUGUACGUGCAGAUGUCGCUGGCCGCGCACCAGAACAGCAAGCGCACGCGGCGCCACAGCGUGUGCACGCCCACGCAGAGCACGCGGAGCAACGGGCACGCGUCCAUGGACGCGGGGUCGCGCGGCGGCUCGCGCGGCGGCUCGCUGGACCUCAGCCUGCCGCCCUUCAGCGGCACGCCCGAGCACGCGGCCAGCAAGGGGGACUUCCCCCGGCGCCAGGGCCGCAACCCGCCGCUCGGCUCCAUCGUGCUGAACAGCAAGCGGCGCUGCUCCAACGCCAGCUUCUCCACGCUGCUGCUGCGCGAGGAGGGCCGCGCCGUCAAGACGGCCCUGUUCGUGGUGGGCGCCUACCUCACCUGCUGGACGCCCUACUUCGUGUUCGUGCUACUGCAGCGCCCGUCGCCGCCCUUCGUGCUGCUGCUGGCGCACGUCAACUCGUGCGUGUCGCCGUGGAUCUACGUCCUGCGCAACGAGGAGGUGCGCCUGGAGGCCAAGAAGCUGGUGGCCAGGGUGCUGCACCUCAAGCUGGCCCUGCCCCGCCAGCCGCAGGACAGCCCCGCCCACGCCCACAGCUACGGCCGCUCCGACUCGUGCUACAGCAAGGCGGUCGAGGCGUCCGCCCACCCGGCGCACCCCCAGCAGUCCUCCCACUGCGACAGCAUGUCCGUGCAGAGCUUCCACCUUCCCACCGCGGGGGCCGUGGCGGGGGCCGCGGCGGGCGACGCUCUGGCUCCGGGGCCCGGCUCCGUCGGCGGCGUGCCCGCCGCGGGACUGCCGAGCUACCUCACCGGGGCCCCCCUCGGGGGCGUGGCGGGCUCGGACUCGCCGCUCACGGCGGAGAGCCUCUGCAGUGCGGGCGAGUCGCCAGGCCCCGCGACGGCCGGCGGUCUGGUGCGGCUGGCCUACAAGUACCCGCACUCGCAGUACCCGUACCCGCAGUACUCCGGGCACCUGCAACGCGGCCGCUCGCAGACCUGCCUCGGGGGACAGCGGUAG